AUGGCUACCAUUGCUGCCGCCGACAUCCCCACCGUUGAGCUUCUCUACAAGCUCGGCAAGCUUACUGCGUCCCCGCAGCCCCUCUACCCUCCCAGCCCGUCGCACAACCAGAAGGUCGCCGUCAUUCGAGGCGACAUCACGAGACUCGGCGUCGAUGCCAUUGUCAAUGCCGCUAACACAAGCCUUCUCGGCGGCGGCGGCGUCGACGGCGCCAUCCACCGUGCCGCUGGUCGCGGCCUGCUUCAAGAGUGCAGAACCUUGAAUGGUUGCGCCACCGGCUCCGCCAAGAUCACAGGCGCUUACAACCUCCCUUGCAAAAAGGUCAUCCACACUGUCGGCCCUGUCUAUGACGAGCUCGACCCGGAAUCUUCCCAGGCGAAGCUGGAGGGUUGCUACAGGACAAGCUUGGCCCUUGCCGUCCAGAACGGUUGCCGCAGCAUCGCCUUCAGCGCCAUCAGCACCGGAGUCUACGGGUACCCUAGCCGCGAGGCGGCGCCCGUCGCCGCGGAGGUUGUCCGAGAUUUUCUCGACGGAGAGGACGGCAAGAAGCUGGAAAAGAUCGUUUUCUGCACCUUUGAGAUGAAGGAUGUCAAUGCCUACAACGAUACCCUCCCGAUUUUCUUCCCUCCGACCGACCAACCCGCUCCUCAGGAGACCGAGGACGGACCAUCCAAAGAGCAGGCCGAGGAGGCUAAGGCCAUUGCUGCAGAGCUGCCUAGCGUUCCCAAGGCCGAUCCCUCUCAGUAG